AGAGAGAGAGAGAGGGACACUCACUGAGCCUGAGCCAUUUGCAUAGUAUCAGCUAUACAGUAUCUUGCAUAACAUUACACAAAAUACACGCUCACUCUUUCUCUCUCUCUCUCUCUCUCUCUACUGGGGCGACUGCUACCAGGUCGACCUUCGGUCGGGUGGACUAUAAAACAGAAGAAACCCACAACAGUCAUUUUCAUUUUCCUCUCACUUAUUUGCUGGUAGGAAUGCUGAGUGACAGCGAUUGGCCAAGAGAAGUUCGUAACUUUCAGCUUCUACUUACUGUAGCUGCAAAACCCUGAAGCAGAAGGAGAAAAGGAUAGGGCUUUUUUCCAUUUCUUGUGCUGGUUUAUUGGUUGUCUUACGGAGUUCCUGUUGAAGACAAAGAACUGGCGAAGUAGGUGUAAAAUUUUCUUGGGUUUAGAUGAUUAACGAUGAUGAGCUGAAAUUGGAUUUUUAUGGAGGGGGUCCAUUUUUUGUUUCUUUUUCUUUUUAGUGGGCGCUUGUGAAUUUAGUGAUAUCGUUUAUGAAGUAAAAUGCAAGUGAAGAUUUGAGAUGGGGAAGAGAAGUAGGGAGCAGUAGGCUGUUGGAGCUCAAAAUGGCCGAGCGUUUAGGGGUUGAUAUAGUGUGGAUACGAAGUGAGGGAUUUGUUUGAGGUGGGAGUUUUAAGCGAUAAUUCUGUUGCUCUAUACACAAAUUUGUAGCUUUAUCAUACUUAGAGUUUGACAAAUAUUUGUAUUUGAGUAAACCGUGGAUAAAAUAUGAAGCUUUCAACAUCAGGAUUGGGUCAGCAGUCUCAUGAAGGGGAGAAGAAGUGUUUGAAUUCUGAGCUAUGGCAUGCCUGCGCUGGUCCUUUGGUGUCGCUGCCAACAGUUGGAAGCCGUGUGGUUUACUUCCCUCAGGGACACAGUGAACAGGUUUUCUUGAAUGUUGCCGCCACAACUAACAAAGAAGUUGAUGCCCAGAUACCCAAUUACCCGAGCUUGCCACCCCAAUUGAUCUGCCAACUCCACAAUGUUACAAUGCAUGCAGAUGUUGAAACGGAUGAAGUAUACGCUCAGAUGACAUUGCAACCCUUGACUCCGCAAGAACAACAAGAUGCUUACCUUCCUGUGGAGCUGGGAACUCCUAGCAGGCAGCCAACUAAUUACUUCUGUAAGACUCUGACAGCAAGUGAUACCAGCACACAUGGAGGCUUCUCUGUUCCUCGGCGUGCUGCAGAGAAAGUUUUCCCACCUCUGGAUUUCUCUCAGACACCACCUGCACAAGAACUUAUUGCCAGGGAUCUUCAUGAUGUUGAAUGGAAGUUUAGACAUAUUUUUCGGGGUCAGCCCAAGCGUCAUUUGCUUACCACUGGCUGGAGUGUCUUUGUUAGUGCCAAACGACUUGUUGCUGGAGAUUCUGUUCUUUUUAUUUGGAAUGAGAAAAAUCAGCUUCUUUUGGGAAUCCGUCGUGCCACUAGACCACAAACUGUGAUGCCAUCAUCAGUUCUUUCAAGUGACAGUAUGCACAUCGGAUUGCUUGCUGCUGCUGCUCAUGCUGCUGCUACUAAUAGCUGCUUCACUGUUUUUUAUAACCCAAGGUGGGUUUACAUCAUUCUCUCGUUUUUCUUUUUCCAUCUGCUGACAAAACCUUGUCACAUCAGGGCUAGUCCAUCUGAGUUUGUCAUACCUCUUUCAAAGUAUGUCAAAGCCGUAUAUCACACGCGUGUUUCAGUUGGAAUGCGUUUCCGGAUGCUAUUUGAAACUGAAGAAUCCAGUGUCCGCAGAUACAUGGGCACGGUUACUGGCAUUAGUGACUUAGAUCCUGUUCGUUGGCCAAACUCUCACUGGCGUUCUGUAAAGGUUGGUUGGGAUGAAUCAACAGCUGGUGAGAAGCAGCCAAGGGUAUCUUUAUGGGAAAUUGAGCCUUUGACAACAUUUCCCAUGUAUCCCUCAUUAUUUCCUCUCAGGCUGAAACGGCCAUGGUAUCCCGGGGCAUCAUCUUUCCAAGAUGUUAGUAAUGAAGCAAUUAAUGGCCUGACGUGGUUGAGAGGAGGUGAGCAAGGGUUCAAUUCAAUGAACUUUCAGUCUGUGGGCAUGUUUCCAUGGAUCCAGCAGCAGAGACUUGAUCCAAUGGGCUCAAGUAAUGAUUUUGGUCAGCAGUAUCAGGCAAUGCUAGCGGGUGGACUGCAAAAUUUUGGAAGUGGAGAGUUACCAAAACAUCAAUUAAUGCACUUUCAGCAGCCUGUUCAUUAUCUUCAACAUUCAGGCAACCAUAAUCCUGUGUCACAGCAGCAGCAAGUAGUCCAGCCAUCAGUUUCUCCUCAUAUGCUUCCUGCUCAGACCCAAAUGCUGUCAGAUAAUACGCAGAGACCAGCAGAACAGCAAGUUGACAAUCAGUCACAAGAACAUCUAAAACAUCAUACUUAUCAGGAAGCAUUUUUGAUCCAGCAUGAUAAGCUCCAACAAAGGCAGUCAUUGGAUAUUCCAUCCCCAUCAUUUACAAAAUCAGAUUUUACAAAUUCCAACAGUAACUUUUCAGCACCCAUGACUCAUUCUAGCAUGCAAAAUAUGCUUGGUUCAAUUUGUCAUGAAGGAAGUGGUAAUCUUUUAGGUUUUUCAAGAUCUGGUCCACCAAUCCUUACUGAGCAGCCAACCCAACAGUCCUGGGUCCCAAAAUUUGCUCCGUCACCAGUCAGUGGUGGUUCCAAUUCAAAGCCAAUUCCACCUUAUUCUGGAAAAUAUGGUUCCAUUGAGCAGGAGAGUUGUAACUUGGAUGUGCAGAAUCAAGCUCUUUUUGGUGCUAAUAUCGACUCCUCGGGUCUCUUGAUGCACACUACCAUGUCAGGUAGUGGUACUUCUUCAGUUCAUGCUGAUAUGUCCUCUAUGCCAUUAGGAGCAUCGGGGCAUCAGAGUCCGCUGUAUGGCUAUGUGCAAGAUUCUUCUGAUGUGUUGCACAGUACAGGACAAGUAGACCAACCAACUCCAGACCAUACCUUCGUCAAGGUCUAUAAAACAGGUUCCGUUGGUAGGUCACUGGACAUCGGCCGGUUCAACAGCUAUCAAGAGCUGCGACAGGAAUUAGGUCAGAUGUUUGGGAUCAAAGGGUUGCUUGAAGACCCUCAAAGAUCAGGCUGGCAGCUUGUAUUUGUUGACAGGGAGAAUGAUGUGCUUCUCCUUGGAGACGACCCAUGGGAGGCAUUUGUUAAUAAUGUCUGGUAUAUCAAGAUCCUCUCUCCUGAGGAUGUGCUAAGACUGGGGAAAGAAGAAGCUGAAUCCUUGAGUAGAAGUGCAGUUGAACGGAUACACAGCGACGAGACCCAGAACCCGGUCUGCAGCCUACCAUCUCUCGGAUCUCUUGAAUACUGAGCAAAGUUCUAACUCUUUCUCAUAAAGUUCCUAGAAAUUGCUCGUGUAUGUUUGUUGUAAUUGGAUCCAUAGAAUAUAUCCGUUCUCAUGUUGCUUGAUGGGAGUUCUGUAUGACAUCAUAGGACAAGAUACAUUGUAACGACUCUCCCUUCUGGUGAAUGCUGACCUGAAAGAUCAUGAAUCUGCACAUCAGACUUUAAGAACCAGGAACUGUUAAGCUAGAUUUGAUACCUUGCUGUACUGUAAGCACUUGGUUGUUUCUACCUGAAGUUGUUGCCUUAAUGAGCUACUGUUUUCACGAGA